AUGCCCUCAGCCACUCCUUUAACUAUCAAUACCCUUCAACGACUUCAAUCCCCUAUCCAACUAGUCACCGAGGUAAAAACAAGCCUUGUAGCUACUAUUCCUAUUAAUACAACUAUUUCUGAUCUCCAUAAGAUUUUGUGGGAGAAUCGGCGCUUUGUGUUGGAGGAGCAGGUGUCACGCAAGGGCAGCAGAGGCAAAAAGACUUGGAUUAGAGAUCAUGGUAUACUCCUCACCAAGCUAGACUCCCAGGGGCAAGCAUCUUCUUCAUGCUGGUGCUGCUGUCGCUGUGAUGUUAAAGGCAGGCCUAAAUUCUUCUCCGCUGCUGCCUCAAGCUCCCCUGCCGAUCAUCUCCGAAGGUAUGUGACAUUUACAGCAAGGCUAAGGUUGGACUAUUCAAGACCUGUGCCUUAG